AUGCCAGUCAUUGCUCCACCACCAACGAAAGAGGACUCUAAGGAAGGCAAACUAUUUAGCAAACACAAAUGGCGGGGAAAGCUCUUCUCUGGUGAGAACCCUUUCAGCAAGAGCCCGGAGGAGCAAGACAACCCCAACGACGAUGUAGCUCAGUUUUUAGGAUAUGGUGGCAGAAGGAGCGAGGAUCUAUUCGUAGGGAAAGACGGGCAGCACGACACAGAGUUUCCUUCUCGAAGAACAGCCUCUUCCCCGCCACCACCGAGAAAUAUCUAUCACCGUGCAAAGCCUAGGCAGAACAAGGGUUUACACGUUGACUUUGUAAUUGCCGCCCCAGAAAUCAUUGGCCUAGGCGGUGAUGAAGCAGAGACACCUGCAAGCCUUGUGUUCUCGAACAGAUCAGACGCAUCCGACCUUCUGCACCGAAGGCCUGCACUCCCACGAAAACCAAUACCUAGUAUUCUUGAGCCAGCAUCCGCAAACAAUACUCCGGAGCCAGAUGAUAGUGUCUUUCAGCAAGAACACACAGAGCGACGAAGAAGCUUUCGGGACUCCUUGAGAGAUAUAGGAGAUGUGCAUCCAUCGGUCUUGCAGCCUCAAACAGCAAAUCAAGCCAACGGUUCACCAUCAAUUAGCCCGAUUGGCUCGGAGCUUGAGGAGAAUCAUUCAACAUUUCCCAUUCACGGUUACGAUCCGUCGGUACUGCCAUCGCCUCCUGAUGCCGAGCCUUUGAGGCUUUCUUCGUCACCGCGUGCUUCACCCGAACCACACUCAUUAACCUAUCGAUCUUCAAGUCGGAGUCCUGAUGGUAGACAUGCCUUCCAAAAACCCUCCCCACUUCUAGGCGCCCGAACAUCCCCUAGUCACGUAGAACGUCAGCUGUCAUUGCAUCCAGAUCAUGUUGAUACCAGUGCAAAGCCAAAGUCUCUCCGCAAUGCCGUACAAAGCCUGGGAGCUGAUGCUUUGGAUGAAUUCGAUACCAAAGUUAGUCGAAUUAAUCAAAUCUUCCGGCUUGGUGUUGCAGUACAACAGGAUCCGAUGAUCCUUUCCCUCCAGCGUUGGAUCAGAGUAGCCACGUGGUGGUUUUUGAAAGGACGAGGCGAGCUUGAGGCCGAAGUCCGGAGCAGAUCAAAAGACUCCUCAACACAAUCUGAUCAAUCAGAGAUUCCCAUUGGGCUGAAGCAAGCCUAUGUGGAUCUUGCCAAGGCUUGGUGGAUAGUGAAAGAAAUUGCUCCUAGUCAUCCUGAGCUGAGACGGUAUGGAAACACAAGUGUCAAGUCUUUGGUGCCAAUUCUCGAAAACUUUGGAAAUCAGGACUUGGCAAAGUUGGCACGGCAUCAUGUUGAUCUCCAAGCAAACAUUCGCGCUCUGGCGAUGUCCAUGAAGAGGAAUGGGCGAUUGCCCCCUGAUCACUUUGAGUUACAGAAGCUGGACGUUCGUGUGCUUCUGGAGGAUCCAUCUUUACCUUCAGAAGCCAUGAGGGUUUUUACUUCCCAGGAUCCUUCCUUAAGCGAAGAUGCAAUGGACCCUACUAUGCCGCUGACUGACUCUGCAAAUUCGUUCUAUUUUAGCAGAUUUUUCGGCGCUGCGUCGGUCGUGUCUCGCCGAAAAGCCUGGGAGCCUUUUAUUGUGCCGAGUGUGGUCUCACUUUCGAGAAAGAAAGAUACCUUAGAUCUCACAGCUUCAAUUUCGAGUCAAGACGAGAGCGUCAAUCUGAUGAUACAGACGGAGAAAGAUCAGUCUAAUCGUCUGAUCUGGUCUGACGUUAAUUGGAGCUCGACAGGUAAUUUCAUAAGUGUAGCUAUUACACCCGAAAUAGACUUAUCGAUCCUGCUUUCUGCACAUGAUUUCAGAACGCUAUGGAGCAUUUGUGACUACACCCGAAAAAUACAGAAAGACUACCAAGGUCGAAAAGGCGAAGAGGUAGCUUACGAAGUAAAGCUUGUUGACUUUCAAUGCCUCCAAACCGAACAACAUGCAAGUUCCUUCCCUUCUGAUCCCAUCAGAUACUGCAAAGUCCGCAUGUUUUCGAAAGUCAAAACGCAUCAUGACGGUAGUGGCAGAAUUCACGCAGGCUUUCGACUCAUGGCCAGAACACCACCAUCAAUGAAGACACUCAGCACUGUGUCGCAAGACUACGGUGACGAUAUGCCUACUAUCUUCGGAUUUGGUCGACGUGAUGACAGGGCAAAAUUAUCUAUCAGGGUUCCCUCUUCUUCUGUAUUUGUCCUGACAUUUCGAAGCUGGGAAGAUCUUGAUCUCUUUUACAAUAUCUUCACUCAGAAGCAAGUCCUAAGUAAUGAGAAACGAUCCCCAGCGCUACUUCUAGAAGGCUUGAAUAUUGUGACGAAUGAUUCGAGCAAGGGCAAUGUCACCCGCCAUCUACGCGAUUGCAAUUGGCAACAAGUUAAGGUGAUUACUCGAGAGCAUGCCGGUCACCCAAACUCUUCAAUUGGAAAGCGCUCUCAAGCCUCGCGACUGAUCGCUCAGUGUGAUGAUGGUAUCCUAACAGAAUGUCUUGCUAUGUCAACCGGCGAACUACAGAUGUGUUUGAGCACACAUGACUGCAACGAAAUCCAGCUUCUGAGACCACCUCAUCGGGACGUAGCUGCCUCAUUGACUGACUACAGUCUCACUGACAAUAAGGUUGACUCAUGGCGCGAAAUGCUGUGGGCUGUUGGUAGAUACACGGUCGUGAGAUCAUACCGUUUCAAGUCUCUCCCAGAUUUGCAUACCUUUGAAGCUUUAGUAAUGGGGUUCGAUGUGCUCUACGAAGGUGUUGGCUCAUAUUUCGCGAUCUCACGUCGACGGAAAGGAGUCCCGAUACACAAGUACUGGGAAGCCGACUUCGUACGGAUGCAGGUUCUCAAACAAGACAAGACCGUUCAAUUAGCUCUUUUCUUCAAGAAUUUCAGCCAUGGUUCUUGUAUGAACUUCGUCGUCAGAAGCACAGACUUUUUUGAAAAAUUGGAUAAGAAUGAUAGAAACUACCUACGCAUUGUAGACGCUAAGUUCGCAUUGCCAAAAUCGCAAGAGGACUCUACUCGCGAUUUCGUUUGCCUUGAUUUCCCCGAAUAUCCUGGGGAGCAUGAUGACAUUAUGAUUGGUUUCGAGGACAUGAACGAGCGGGAUCAGUUUGCAGCUCAGCUGCCAGCAGCAGCGAGUAGAGCCUCAAAGAUGGGGACUUUGAAGAAGGCCUCGAGCACCGGCGUCUUGCAACUCCACACCAAAUUGACAGGGGCAAAGGUUCUCCCCCUCGACUGUCCAGCUUCCGAGCUCGGAGAAGGUGACGUAAUCCACCUCGAGACACCGAUUAACCCCACAGGCGAAGCAUUCGAAAUAGCAAAUGGACAGCACUUUCGCACCGCCACCGCUACAGGAUCCAUUCCUGUGGGGGGCAGAUCUGGUAAUAUGCAUUCAGGGACGAAGUAUUUAGGGGGACAUAGCGACAUGUUGUGUGGGGUGUUGGCGACUAAGAAUGAGGAGUGGGUGCGGGUUUUGCGAGUAGAGAGGACGGUCCUUGGAGGUGUUAUGGGCAAUAUGGAGGGCUGGUUAGGAGUGAGAAGUCUGAGAACGUUAGGAUUAAGGGUUCAGCGGCAGAGUGAGAACGCAGGGAAGCUGGUGGAAUGGCUAGAGCGGUUGCUGGAUGAGGGACGGGAGGGCAGUAGAAAUGUCCAGAAAGUGGUGGAGAAGGUUCAUCAUGCAAGUCUGCAACAGGGCGAUGUAUCUUGGUUGGAAAAGCAGAUGCCGAAUGGAUUUGGGUCUGUGUUUGCGGCUACGAUGAAGACGGAAAGGCUUGCGAGGAGGUUACCAAGUAGAAGUCAUCUUUUCAACCAUGCUACGAGUUUAGGUGGUGUUGAGAGUCUGAUUGAGUGGAGGUCCAUGAGUGACACGACGGUUGACCCGAGACUGGUGAGAUUCUCUGUUGGAAUCGAAGCGUGGGAGGAUCUUCAGCUGGACUUACUUAAUGCAUUCAACGCAUUGGCGGAAGAAGAAUAA